AUGGCUGCCAAUUCUGGAAAUGUAUAUCUGAAUAUGGAAGAAGAACGCCACUACGCCAGUAAUAGCAUACAGCCUGUGUCUUCUACUCCACAAUCAGAACAGUGGACACCGGAGCAAAAGAAGCUAGAAUCUUUCAGCCUACGUGAAAGGCUAGGCUUGGACGAGUUUCUUUCCUUACAUGUCUGGCGUGCAUCUGUAGGAGAACUUCUUGGAACAGCAGUUCUAGUUUUCUUGAUUGAUACCAUAGUGAUAUCAACCCUUGACAGUGAUGUCCAAAUGCCAAACUUGAUUAUGUCAAUUGUCCUUGCCAUUAUGAUCACAAUAGUACUGCUAGCUGUGCAUCCAGUCUCUGGAGGCCACAUAAACCCCAUCGUCUCAUUCUCUGCAGCAUUAGUCGGCCUUAUCUUAAUGUCUCGUGCCAUAAUCUACAUCAUAGCACAAUGCUUAGGUGCUGUGCUUGGAGCGCUAGCGCUAAAAGCUGUGGUUAGCGGUAAUAUCGAAAGAACCUUCUCGCUUGGAGGUUGCACUCUCUCAAUAGUCACACCAGGUCCGCAGGGAUCACCUGUUACAAUAGGCCUCGGGACUGCCCAGGCGUUUUGGCUUGAGGUCUUCUGCAGCUUCGUGUUCUUGUUUGCGUCACUUUGGAUGGCGUAUGAUCAUCGCCAGAAAAACUCUAUCGGCCUGGUUCGGGUUUUAGCAAUUGUUGGAACUGUUCUUGGUCUUCUUGUCUUCAUAUCAACAUCGGUCACUGCUGCUAAGGGUUAUGGCGGCGCAGGGAUCAACCCUGCUAGGUGUUUUGGUCCAGCAGUUGUGAGAGGAGGCCAUUUAUGGGAUGGCCAUUGGGUGUUUUGGGCAGGGCCUGCUAUCGCUUGCGUUGCAUUCUAUGUUUAUACGCAGAUUAUCCCCAAUGAUCAUUUUCAUGCACAAGAAUUCAAACAUGAUUUUUAUGGAAUCCUAAGGACUGUUAGUGGAUAUAAUCAUUGA